AUCUGGCAACGCCACGUUCGAAAGCUGUCACUCGAUUGCUCAACACUGAACAAUUGUAUGUGUGUUUGGCAACGAGAUGUCAAAGCAGUAUGGCUAUGCUCAACUUUGUGGACACCUUUGAGUUGAUGGCAUUCAAUUUCCAUGGGGACGAGGAGCAGCAUCAUCGGUUCGUGCACGACGCCAAGCUGCUGAUCGAUGCCAUCGUUAAUCAGCUGCACAAGAACAAUUCCAUGUUCAAGGACUAUCUGGGCGAGCUGCGAAAGACGGCGGCAUUUGUUAGCCAAAUAAAUAUGGAUAUGCCACUGGGAUUUGAGAUAUUCUUAACGAUACGGCUGCCCAUCUCACUGACGCCCAGCUUUAAUGAGAAACAGCGCAGCGUUCAGCUCUACAGAUCAAACUAUACGCAUCCGUUCUUCUUCGGCAACGCAAUAAAUCCCAAAUGCAUGAAUCUGCGCCUGCAGCAGGAUCUACAGCGCGCCAUCGCGCAGGUGGCCUGCAUAGCCGGCUACUGGGGCGCCAUAUACGACAUCAAGUACACGGCGCUCAGCUAUAAUCGCGUCCCGUUCGCCCAUCAGGUGUUCGCCGCGGAACGCGGAGCCUACAAUCGCGGCAUACGCUUCGACUUCAUUUUGGCUCUGGAGUUCGAUGGCGCCGAGAUGCCGCUGCCGGCGUACUUUAAGGCGCCCAUUUGCUACAAGUGGAUCGCCUACGGCCUGGUCGAUGUCAAUCAGAAUCUCAAUUCCGCCGACUGGGGCGUCCUGUUGCCGCGCUGGCAAUCGGCCAAUAUGGGUCUGCGUCUGCGUUCACAUAAUAUGCUCCUCCUGUUGCAUCGCCUGCUCUACGCCCAGCGUUGUUAUUGCUUUGCGGUGCCCUUCCUGGUCAAGUUCUGCUUCUUCAUGACCACAGUUGACUUUGGCGAGCGCUACAAACGCAUGAGCGUCGCCCAUCUGAUGGUGACCACGCUCGGUCAUCAGGUCUUCCGCAAUUACUGUGAGCUGAUCGUCAAGUCCACGGUGGGUGAUCCCACGACCAAUAUAGCCGCCACAAUGGAGCUGCGCGAGCAGCAGGCGCGCGGCAAGGGACUCUUCGCGAUGCUGGCCAAGGGCCUCGAACUGAACAUGAUCAGCAGCCGGUUCAUAUCCGAUUAUUUUCAAAUCGAUUAUCUGCCCGUGCGGGCAUCUCCGCUGCCGACGCCGUCGGUGACGCCGCGGCCCACGCUGCUCGCAGCCGAGGAGCACUACCCACAGCAGCAGCCGAUCAAAGCGCCACCACCGCCGCCGCCGCCUCCUCCACCUCCUCCACCCCCGCCGCCACCACCACCACCUCCACCCCCGCCGCCGCCGCCGAGUCGCAAACGUGGCCGCAGCCUUUAA